CCAACAUCAACAACACAGCGUGGAGCAAACAGCAACUUCAGAGAAGAGCAGCAUCUCUGCCAAGCUUCGUCUUUGUUUGUUUGAACUGUUCUUGGCUUACACUGUCUGGUUUUUUUCCCCCCAAGUCUAAUCUAACUUUUAGGUUUCUUAAAAGUGUAUCGCAAAGCAAAAAUGAGUCACGUCGAAGUUAAGAACCUGAAGCCCACCACCUUUGAGGAUCGCUACUACGACGAAUAUGAUUAUUACAGUCUGACCGACAGAUACACCGAGGGCGCGAGCCGCAAAGGCAAGACGAAGAAGGAAGCCAGCUGGAACACGAACCGGCCCAACCCCGGCGGGCACGAGCGCAAAAUCGCCGAGAAGCUUCAGAACUCUGUGAAAAAGGCCAAAGAGUGAAGCAGCAGAUUGAUUCGGACGGCUUGAUCUGGAAACCGACCUGUGGCGCCUUGGCGUCGGAUUUCUAAAGGCAGAAGAUGACAGGACAGCAGUGCCUCCGGUUCGAGUGCAGGGCGGCGCUGCUCUGAAACCAGCCUCACCGACCCCCGGUUUGGGGGUUCUAUAGGGGUUGGGUGUGCGCAUGCGCAGCACACCUGAGCAGGUGGCCGCACACAACGCAUUGACGAGCGCGUGCUGGAUGCUCAAUGAUGCUUUGUGUCUUGGCGUUUUUGAAUAAACGUUUUUAUAACAAUAAACACACUAACACUGAUGAGAAAUAAAUACCUUUUUACCUCCUGA